AUGAAUGCUGUAAGUAGUACAGCCAGCAUCCUCCACCUUGUGCACCAAGGUUUUCAUUCCAUCCUGCGAGCCCGCGGCUUUGAAGACGAGUUCGGCGUCUACCAGCUCCAGCUCCAAGUGCACCUCUCCCGCUGCGCAUCUAUCAUGAACAAUGCGAACCGUCCCGCGAACCCCACGCACUCUCCAGAAAUUGCCUUUCAAGAUCCAGAAGCAACGAUAUCCGAAACCCUCUCUCGUAUCCAAGAAACUCUCCGCAAAGCGCAAAGAGAAGCCGCCCGCAUCAGAGCUGAUCUCAUGGCAGCUGCUGGCGGCGACCUUGAAGCUUCUUCUGCCACCAACACUCCACUCAACCUUAAAAAGAUGCGACUUCGCACCGCGGAAUUCCUCGACAAGCAAAAAAUACAGACUGCAAAGAAGGUUGAAGCUUUGAAAUGGGCCUUUUACAAGAAGGAUAAUUGCGACAAAUUCAUCGCAGAAAUUUCUUCCCUGAUUGAGCAUCUCGAGCGCCAGGUGGACGUCCACCGCGAUGCCAGAAUCCUGCUCUUUGCGAGUCCCCGUCACUUACACGAAACGGCACACGAAGCGGCACACGACAGCACAUGA